UGGUCCUGCUGGCUUUUUUAUUAUUUAUUUUUAGGUAAGGAGACAGAAUAAAGUGUCUCAACUCGUUAGUGUUGGUGUAUAUGUCUCGCUGGACUGGUGAAUAGAGGGCAGAUAUGUCACUUUGAGUACACGCAGCAGUCAAAACAGCGUCAGUUAUAUAAAAUUUAUUGUGAAGAGCCGCAAAUAAAAACAUGGCCAGUAUGUUCACUGAACACACCAAGGAGAGCGACGUUGUCCUGAUCGUCGAAGGAAAUAGGCUACACGUCAGUAAAACCGUUCUGUCAUUGGCGUCUCCGGUUUUCAAGACAAUGUUCGAGUCCGAGUUUAAAGAGAAGACUGCCAAAGAAAUCCCGCUUCCCGGAAAGAAAUGUGCGGACGUGGUGCAGUUUUUGCUUUGUAUAUACCCGAACACGACGAACGCGAUCAACGCCAGCAACGUGGACUCCGUCUUGCCCCUGGCAGACGAGUACCAGGUGAACCAUCUCAAACGACGGUGUGGGGAAUAUCUGCUGUCGUCGUGUCAGUUCGAGGAACGCCCGAAACCCACGCACGACCACCUCCUGCACACGAUCUUCCUGGCAGACCGGUACGACCUGAAGGGAGCGCUGUCACGCGCGCUGGACCUGGCCAUUUAUCGCCCUUACCACAUCCUGAAGGACUUCGAGAACUUCGGCGACAUCAGCCUGGAGACGAAAUCCGAGCUCCAGUCGAGACGCCUGCAGCUAAUUGAGAGUCUCGCCAUGUCGCUCCACCAGACGAUCGGGCCGCUGGUGCCGAAGGUCCACGACACGUUUGAGGGAUUCCACGGCUGCCACACCUUCCACAAGGGACGAAGAUCGUCCGGAUACUGCAACGAAUGUCUGGCGGACUUGGCCGAGCCCAUUCUCGAGAAGUUGGAAGAACUCGGUCGCAAAGUGGACACGUGUGAAAGAUUGUCCGAGGUGUUCGGCAGCUGGGAGACUAUGUAAACCUAGUGGGAUAUGUUGUCCUGUCUGUGGGAAAAGUGCAUUUAAAAGAUCCUUUGCUUUUAAUGGAAAAAUGUAGCGGGUUUCCUCUUAACACUGUGUGACAGGAUUACCAAAUGUUUGGCAUCCAAUAUCUGUUGAUUAAUCUACGUGCUGUAGUUGUCUUACUAAGCAAAAUAAACUUUAACUUAAAAUCUACUGUUAAAUUGCAAAAUAUUAUUAACUAGAAAAAAAAAAAAACAAGUGGAAUAUGACCGCUGACUCCAUUAUUGUUGAACAAUAACUAAAAAACAUUAACUUAAUUAUUUUUGCAUGGAGCAGAUCUUGUAAUGUAGAAAUCAUCCUGAGAUAGUAAAUGUACGUAUGCAAUAAAACGUUUUCAAAAUA